GCUCCCAAAUCCAUGAUAACUGUGGAAAAACGACUAUGUCUACCGGCAACACCCCCGACAAAUCCCAAUGGAGAGUGUAAACUUGAUCAAUUGUAUUCAGUGCAUUGGAACUUUAAUCCGGUACUUUAUUCGAAUAUUCUCGAAAUUAUUUCUCUACAUAUUUGUGGGAGCCAUUUCGCAAAUGGCUAGCCUUCUAGUACUUGCCAGGAUUUGGGUUCCUGUUCUAUUGGUUGGUUUCAUAUCCAUUGGUAUCAUUCACUCCCAAUUCGCAGUGUUCUGUGAACGACCCAGCAACAUUAACCAAACUCUUUACAAAAUAUUAGAAAUUCAUUUAUUGAACUUGAUACAUCCGCCGGUGAUGACAAAUGGAUCUGAUACAUUGAAUGAUAAUUCAAUAUUUCGUGAUGAAGGGAGGAACGAAAGAGCUCUGCUCCGAAUCGUGAUGGAUGGCAGUUUCCCAGAUGAAGGUUCUCCGAAUGCAUUUGCAAUACCAUCAGGAAAUCCCAGUAUUGAGAGACUAACUUCAUACUCAAUGACGAGACACAUUACGAACAAUGAUAACGCUGAUGAAAUUGAACAAAUAGUAUCUUUGAUUGAGCCUGAUGCCUCCUUAGAUAGUAAUCACCAGCCGGAAGUGAUGAAUAUAAAUCGUCAGAAUUCUGAAGACAUUGAAGCUCUGCUGUCUUCAUUUACAAGCUCUCAAAAUAGCUACGAUUCUCCCUAAUUAUUUAGUGGAUGCAAAGAAUAUAACCAACAAAUUUACAGAAUACUUGAAAAUGUUUAAAGUAAUUCCAUGUCACCCUAUCUCUAUCUGCAAUAAAGAUUACAAGAAAUAUGCUGGUAUAUGAUAUAUGAGAGAAGACGUAAUGAGAUCGUCUACAAAUUUAUACAUUGCUAUUGAAGUGGUUCGUCGCAGGUCUGCCGUCAAUCUAG